AUGGUUAGCGGUUUGAGAAAAGUGUUGUUAUUGGAUGGUAUAGUAAGUUGGUUCACUGAACACAGGGCAGAACUUAUAGGUAAGGUGAAAAAGGCGGAUCAUGUAAGCCGUGAUCCUCACACUGAUGAGGCCAAUGACAUCAUUGAUUUGACUGAUGAGCAUUUUCACAAAUACAAUCAGCAGGAGUUGGAGGUGAAAAGUAGGCGUAUAUCUGAUUCACCGAAAGAACCCGAUACCCUGGUCGAAUGUCCAGUGUGUUCACGAUUCAUGACUACUCACGAAUUACAAAGUUCUCAUCUAGAUAUAUGUCUUAGAGGAGAAACGAUUGAUGAUUCACAAAUAAGUACGGAAUCCUCUCCUGCAACAGGUAUGAUAUCAUCAUUCUUCAAUUCCCCUAGAAAGAAGAGGAAGAAGAUGCAGGACCCUUCACACCAGUUACAACCGAAACAAGUAUCAGAGAGACAGCGAAUACCUAAUUUGGAUACUAUGAUGAGUACCGUAAAACUCCGAGAGAAGCUGGCGGGGUUCAACCUACCAACUGGAGGUACACGACAACAGAUGGAAGCACGGAUGAAAGAGUACAUCAAUCUAUAUAACGCUAAUUUAGAUUCGAUUAGCCCUGUUGAUGAAGUAGUGUUGGUCAAUCGACUACAUAAGUGGGAGUUAUUGCUGACCCAGUCACAACAUCGUUUAGCGGAGAAGAAGAGGGAAGAAGAAGAGCAGAGACGGCAAGGAGACGAUGAGUCAGAUGAGGAGGUCAAAAGAGAAGCGACCAGAAAAUCCAAACGGGAGAUGAGGGAAUGGCGACAAAAGUACAGAUCAACAUAUCACAACCUUAUUCAGAAGGCCAAGAAUAAUAUGAAGGACAGUGCAAAACCCGAGCCUACGGAUAAGUGA